UUCAGCCCGUGAACAGCUCUUGAAAAAGCAAAAACACCUCAAGCUAAACGCGCAAAAACAUCGCAAGUGCUCAAAAAAAAAAUACGAGAGUGGAAUCGUACAGAAUCUUAUCACAUUUUUUAACAACAAACCCCAAAAAAACUCAACUACAAAAUGCAAGUGGAAAAAGUUUGUGCCGCCAUCGCGCUCUUCGCAAUCUUCGCCAACGUUGUGGAUGCAGCAGUCUACUCCCAGCCCGCCAUCUUCCUUCCUUCCCACCCCGGCAAGUGCUUCGACAAGCUGACCCGCAAGGCCCUGCUGCCCGACAAGGAGUACAAGCCGAAGGGCAUCUGCGCGUCCAUGACUUGCAGCCUGGAGGCCCGCGAGAUCAGCAUCGAGACCUGUCCCUACGUGGAGGCUCCUGGCUGCGAGGAGCUGCCCAGCGAUCCCAACUGGCGGUUCCCCAAGUGCUGUCCGCAGUUCAAGUGCGUCGACUUCAAGACCGGCAAGGACUUUAUCGUCUCGCUGUAGAUCGGCUAAAUAUAUAUGUAUAUAUGCAUAUGUAUAGCCGCAACUGAAACGUGAUUUUACAUGAAAUGUAUUCGUAGUUCUGUAAUGCCCGAAAGAAAGAAUGAGAGAGCGAAUAAGUGUGCGUGUGUUUGUGAUCCAUUCCUAAUUUAUUUAUUUUAAUUUGUAAAUAACACAUUAUCUGCAUAACUCCCCGUCCCCGUCAUGUUUUCACGUGUGAACAUAAUUCAAUUUGUUUUGAUUUAUUCAAAAGUCCCUGUAUGCGAUAUUUGCAAGUAUGACUAACCAUCAACCAAUUAUGUUUAGUCCAUAAGGUUUAAGCGAAGUAAUAAAAAAUCUGAAAUAUGCAAA